AUGUAUUCCAAACCACAAAGAGCCCAUCCUUUUGAAGAAGAAAAGAAAAUCGUGAAAUUCUUGAAACCAAACAAGGCUGUAGUGCUCCUGCAAGGCCGAUACGCCGGCAGGAAAGCGGUGAUCGUCCGAUCUUUCGACGAUGGACCACGUGACCGCCCAUAUGGCCAUUGUCUUGUGGCGGGAAUAUCAAAGUACCCACCAAAUGUAUUAAAGAAAGACUCGGCAAAGAAAACAACAAAGAAAUCCAAAGUGAAAGCAUUUAUGAAAGUAGUUGAUUAUAGCCAUUCCAUGCCUACUGGAUAUACUCUUGAUGUUGAUUUGAAAGAUGUUGUUACUCCUGAUGCUUUGGUUUCUAGAGAUAUGAAAGUUACUGCUGCUAAAGAAAUCAAGAGAAGAUUUGAAGAGAUAUUCAAGAGUGGCAAGAAUAAGUGGUUCUUUUCUAAGCUUAGGUUUUGACCAAAUGGCAAAUUGGGCUUUUGUUAUGUUAUGAUUUUGAGAGACUGUUUUGUGCUUUUUUGAGUUUGGUAUUAAGAGUAGCUUGUCAUGUUGAACUUAUAUGCUGGAAGUUGAACUUGUGUUAUGAUACUUCUUAUAUUUAAUAAUAGGUUUUGGUAUUUGGAUUAUAAAGCUUAA